GGACUUCGUCCAUGGCAUGUUGCAUUUUCAUCAGAAAUCACAAAAAUGAUUGAAUGUAUCAUAUUAAACAUCCAGAAAAUUCAAAUCCCAUUGAAUUCGCUUAUCGAUUGAAAAGUAAUAUAUUUCAAUCUCACUGAUAUUUUUGAUCAUCACUGCUCAUAGGUAAGGUUGGCACUACUUUCCAGAGAACCAAUCAGAAAAUAGAAUUACGUUUAUUUUGCAAAACAGUCUCAUAGCAGCCAUCAUUGCAGUAGGUUAUAAUACUGAAAAGCGCAUUUCCGCAUCCGUUGUCAGUAAAGUCAGUGUUUUGUUCAGAUAUUUUACCAAUUGAAAACUAAUUUUUAGUCUACAGCUUCAAGACAUUCUUUUCACAAUCAUGGCGAUCGCAAGACAGUGCUUGCUUGUCACUAUUUUUAUUGUUGCUACACUUUUUACCGGUGCUAUACAAGGCGCUGAACCAAUCCCAGAUUCCAAGACCCCCCCAACAACCCCCUCUACUAGCACAGUGACCACCUCGACAGCUGCACCUGACACAACAACAAUCUCAACCCCCGGACCCGACACCACCACCACAUCAACCACCGCCAAACCCGACACCACGACCCCUCCGUCCACCACCGCGGCACCUUCCACCACCACUGUGGCACCGUCGACCACCACUUUGGCACCUUCCACCACCCCCGCACCACCCCAGCCAGCCGUCGGCAACUGGACCAUCCACCAGGACAACCACACUUGUGCCAUCUUCAGGGCCGCCAUUACAGUCAAACUUGCCUUCGACGAUAAGGCUAACAAGACUCAGCACUUUGACAUUAAGGUGCCUUACAAUGCAACGGUGGGUGACCCCAAGUGCGGCCAGUCGGCCAAUGAGAGCAUCUCUUUCAGCCUGGAGUUCCCAGCCGGACAUGUGGCCAUGACCUUCAAGCAGAACCACUCCCAAUACUAUUUGCAGGAAGUUCACAGCUGGAUCAACGCCACGGCUCUGCCUGAUUUGGCCAAGCAGACUAAUGCGACCAACUUCACACUGACAUACACAGCUGGGGCGGCGGCCAGCAACCUGCCACUGGAGGCCAGUGUGGGGCGGAGCUAUGUGUGUGGCGCCCCAGCCGCUCUGGCCCUCAACAACGGCUCCACCCUGGCGCUCGCCUCCGUCACCUACCAGGCCUACCUCAGCGAUGGCAAGCUCGGACCAGAACAAAACUGCGUGACCGAUUCAUCCCCAGACAUGAUCCCAAUGCUGGUUGCCGGAGGUCUCAUCUUGUUUGUCGUCUUGAUUUUGGUCGCUUACAUUGUCACUCGUCAGCGUCAAGCCCGCGGUUACCACAGCAUGUAAGCUUACAACACAGCAUGUAAGCUAGCAGUAACCAGCGCUAUCAACAUUGUGUUGCUCAUCUACAAUGUACUUUUGAUUUUCCAUCUAAGAGUUUGAAUCUAUUGCAAUUAUUUGUCUACCAUAUACUUGUCGAAAUUAUGUUAGUUGAUGGCAAUUAGGUUAGGAGAGACUGAUCAACUUUGUGAUUGUGUUGGAAAUCUAUGAUAUUGAUUGGAAAUUUAUUAUAUUAUCUAGUGUAAUUGAUUAAUACAGUACUCUCGUUUCAUGUAUUUAGUCGUAAGUUCAAGGUCUAUAUUUUGUUUUUCCAGUUUGAUUUCUCUGUAGGCUAGUUAGUAAUUGAGGAUGGAUAUAAAUAUUGUUUCAUUUAGUGUUAGUUUAUUAAAUGUUUAUAGAUCGCAGAUGUAUUUCCUUGGUUUUUUAUGCAUUUAUUAUUGUCAAAUUGUUGCUCAACUGCAGUGGGAUUAUGUUGAUAAAUUAGCCGACGUCACAGCAAGACGGAUUUGUAGGAAGAUGUAGUGCGCGAAAUCUAUGAUAAAAUCUAAUGCAGUUUAUGACGGCAGAGUUGAAUGAAAUGCAACAAAUGGAUGAAAAGUUUUUUUGGAUGAAAUGCCCAAGCGGGGAGUACCAACAUUGUCUCAUAGAACUGUUAUAUGAAUAAAUAUAAAUGAACUGUUCAUCAACUAGAUCCAGUCUUCUUGACUUGUUAAGAAAACAUGAAUCUUUGCUUGCAGUUUGAAUAGUUUAGAAUUGCUUGCCGUCUUUCAAAUUAAAUUAGUAUUCUCAAUAGAAAUAUACAAUUUGAAUUAGUAUCAAUCUGGAAUAAGCCAUACAAUUUUUGUGUAUCAAAUCUUCACUGGUUUUUUUACGGCUGAAUUGAAUCUAUCUUAGUAACUUGCAAUUUUAUUGGCUAUCAUCAAUAAUUAUUCAAACAACUAAUUGAGAGUUAUUGAGAAUUAAUACUAAUUAAUACAACUAAUUGAGAAUUAUUUGCAGAUUAUAGAUGAUGAUUGUGUAAUUUAUAUAAAUUUCGCUAAAAAUGGUAAUCUGUUUUGAAAAAAAGGAGUUUGAUUGGAUUUUCAUUAUUAAGGUGGUUGACAGUAUUGAGAAACACCAUUUUUAUUGUAUGGGACAAAAAGUGUGACCAGUUUCAAUGACAAACCUUUCUGAGGGUAAUCAUUAGAUUUCGAAUAAGCAGACAGUGUUGGUUACAAUCUCUUAUUGAUGAGCUUUUCCUCUUAUUACUGAAAAGUUUGUGAUAAUUUUAUCUAGUACUGUUUAAUCAAAUGUGAUCAUAUUAUAAUAAAUGAAUAAAAAUAUUGUUUGUCAACUUUA